GCUGGAGAAACGAGCUUUCUCUACGCGACAGGGAGGAUCUCUGGUCGAGAGAAAGAAAAGACAAGGCCAGGACAGGCUGAGCCGGCAUGAAAAAUAACAGACCCCCCGCCGUCUCCUGUUCCUUGUCUUCCUUUUCUGUCCUCUCUACACUCCCUUCUUCUUUUCCCGCUACACUAUAUGUUUCUCCUUUCUACAGAAAAACUUUCUUUUCAAUUCAAAGUCGCCUGGACAUUCGCAGUGCGACUCGGUGUUCUCUCUUGCAGAGAGAGACGCCCAUGCCCGCUUGAGUUUCUUCCUCGUCGGCCUGUCUCUCUCUUGGCCAGAUGCCAUCCCGGCUCUGCCUCUCUGAAUUGCCUGAGGGUCUCUUCCGCUGUCUGCGCCCUGUGAUGCUUGUUCUAACCGCGGGAGAUCUUUCCUGAAAAUGGAGACUGACGUCGCCAACGCUUUCGCGCCUCUCGUGAGGAGACCUGGCGUCUCUUCUAAGAGGCCUUCUUCUUGUUCGUCGUCUCCCUUCUUUCUUGUUGAAUCUGCGAACUGCGGGAGGCUGUGUCGUCUUUCUGCUCUCGCCUCACUUCUCAUUCUCUCGAGUUCUCUCCUCUUGUCGGCCGCAGGCUCUCCUCUCCGUCCUUCAACGUCGUCUUCUCCUUCAGCAGUCGCCAGCGGGAUACAUUCUCACUUCGUACCUCUAUCUUCUUCUUCUUCUGCUUCUUCUUCUUCUUCUUCUCUCUCCUCUACUGCCUCUUCCGCUUCUCCUUACUCGCUACCAGCUGUAUCGUGGUCUCUGUCUUCGUCCCUCUCUUCUCCUUCUCCCGAUUCUUCUCCUUCUGCUUGUUUUUCGUUUCCUUCUCGUUCCUCUUGCUUCUCACUGCCUUCGCGCUCUUCUUCUCCUCGUUCUGUGCUUGGUUCUCGCCUGCCUUCUGCCGUGCCUCGAAGAACAGCUGGGCUCUGUUGUUCUUCCUCUCCAGUUUCCUCCUUGUCUGCUCCAACUUCUCGUCCACUCUUUGCUUUUCUUGGGCCUCUUCUGCUGCAUCCACCUCAAAGAAAGCACUGUGCUCUCCACGUUUCGGCGCAUACCUUCGUCCUUCCUUCCCUACGUUCUCCGUUGCCUUCUCGUCUCUCCUCUCCUCCUUUCUCUUCUUCUUUCUGUCAUCGUUUCAAUCCUUCUUUGUCUUCUUCUUUGUCUCCUGUUUUCUCUCUUUCCGCCGCUCACGCCUCUCUACCCCCACUGUGCCAUUCCUCUCCGUCGUCCAUCGAUGGUCCUGGCCUCCGCCGCGAGGAUGCUCAAACUCCUCGCUUCUCUGCUUCUUCCUUCCUUUCCUCUUCGUCUCCCUCUUCUUCGCUCUCAUCUUCCUCUUCGCCCCCUCCUUCUGUGUCUCCUCUCUGGGGGAGAACGUCCGUUUCUCCCUGUGGUCUCGAGCCUGGAGAGGCGGUGCGGGCAGGCGUCGCCUCUGCGUGCUCCGCGUUCUCUUCUUCUCUUCGUUCCCUGAAAAACUUUUGUUCUCGGGUGUAUGCGCGGGUCUCUCCAACUGUCUCCGGUUUCGCUCGCGCCUCGCUCUCCCUCUUUCACUCUUGGUUAUCCAUCACCUUUCGACGCAUAGCCUUGACUUGGACGGUCUUGUUUCUCGACGCCUGUGGCGCCGCAGCGGUCCAGAAGGCCUGGGGAACAUCACACGGAGCAGCAGAGAGCUCUCGCUCUUCUUCCUCUUCUUCCUCCGCCUCGUCUUCGUUGCCAGCUCUACCAUCUGUUCUCUCUUCUUCUGCUCCUGCCUCCUUCCCGGCCUCUGCCCUGUCUCCUCCUGUCUCCUUUUCAGUGUGGGGGCGACCGGCGGGGGCAGUGCUCGUGGCUGCGGCGCUUGCCUGUGCGUCAGCGAUCUUCUGCCGAUCUGCGGCGAAACGCGGAGAGUCCAAGAGAGCAGAACGCGAACAGGAUACACUUCCUUCGACGAAGCCUGUCCGCAGAGAGAGAGCAGACAACGAGGGGGAGAGCCUGCUUGAACGACGAAGCGACGAAGUCCAGCAAGCAGGAGGAACGUGCGGUGCAGGAGACAGAGGAGAAUGGCGAGACGGGGAAGAACGAACGCAGAGGUCAGACGCGCACCGAGACACCGAAACCGAGAAGAAAGUCGGAGGAGCAGAACGGCUGUCGCCGUCGACCAUCUCAGUCCUGAGUGAUUCCGAGCACAGACCUGAAGACGCAAACACAGAACAGCUCCACUGCUUUCCUCCGGCAGGUCUCUCUUCCCCAGUUCACUCGAAAGAUUUAUCGACCUCAUCAACGCGUCUCGCGCUCUUCGACUCUGCCCUCCUCCAUGCACUGUCUCCCUCACGAACCCUGCCUCCGUUGUCCGUUCUGUCUCCGUUGUCCGUUCUGUCUCCGUUGUCGUUUGUGUCCUCUGGGAGUUCGGAGCCUGCACCGAGUCCGCUGGCUGAGCCGUUGAGAGGGAGAGGGUGUGCUCUGCGGCCGCGGCGCAGGGAUCUCGCUUUUUUGGCGAACUGUCUCCAGGACGAAAGAAGCGCUGGCUUCGUUCUCGCCGGCGGCUUCCUCCUUCUUGCUGCGGUGAAAAGCGUCGUCGCCUACUUGCUAGAGAGACGCCGCGAGCGCCAGCGCGUCCAGGCCGCUCUGGAGGCCUAUCGCCGAGAAGAAGAAGAAUUCGUAAAAUUCGGACCUGGGGGGAAACGUCGCGCCGAGGCGUCUGAGAGCAAGAACGCCUCUUCCCGACACAAAAAGCAGAAGAAGUCUUCUACUCUGCGUCGACAAAGCAUCCCUCUUGACGGGGAGCAGAUGUGAUGUAGCGUCGACGUCAGAAUGUGAUUUCGGUCUUGAGAAAAUCGUUUUUUUCGAUGAAAAGAAUGUCCAGGCUUGCGCGGUGUUGCCGUAGAUAGUUAGAUAGAGAUAGAUAAACAUAUUUAUACAGACAGAGGUAAUCUUGUUAUUCCAUUAUGUACACACAUCCGCAUGCAUUACAUAUCAAUAUAUGCAGACAGACAAGGAGGACGAGAUACGUUUCAGAGUCAAUCGGGAGACCUAGAUGGAGGCGAGAGGGUGCCGAAACGCAAGCGGCAGCAGAUCGGUCAAGUCGUUGCCUGUUUCCUUAGAGACGAAGACACGAUGUUUGUCUGAUUUCCUUUCGUUAUGACGCCGCUGUCGAGGACGCAUGCGUUUUCGAAAAAACGAAUCUUACUGUUUUUGAAGGGCCGCAUGCAUGUCAUUGCGAACGCCUCUCU